AUGAGUGCCCGAACGACCACAGAAGUAGUACGGCAAGCUACCAAAUCAGUAAGGAAGGCACGCGGUGCCUCAAGAACGGCACUGCCGAAGCCGCAAUCGAACAGACCUGAACAUGGCCGACAAAUAUUCGUCUACAACCACCUCCAGAAGAACCACGUCGUGUACUCCCUCACCAGAGCGCUAAAUAACAACGCCUCCCUGGCCCAACUCCCCUUCAACGGCAAGAAGACCGUCCCUGCCGCCCUCCGUAAAGACCUAUGGCACCCCUUCGCUCAGAUCUCCUUCCCUCCCGGCCACGGGGAAAUCGGCCUCUCCGUCUUCCAGAAACUGCGCGAGUACCGAAGACGACAUGAAUUAGAAUGGGGUGAUGAGAUCAGGUUUCACGAGAAAAAACCUGACGAGAAACUAAAAUUCCGAAGUAUCAAGCUCAGAGGGAGGCAGAUUUGUGAUCAGAAGGCAAAUAGCGUUGCUGAUAUCGCAGCCGUGUUGGGACGGUUGGAGUUGCAGGAGGGAGCGGAGGAGGUGAAGAAGGGGGGCAUUGGGCUGAAAGGUGAGGGAACUGGGGAGAAGGUUGAGGUGCUUUGGAAUGAUUUGAAUGAUGCUGAGUUUGCGGAGACGUGGAGUGAGAACAUUGAGCAUGGGGUGUGGAGACAUCAUAAACACACUGUGGAUGUUGAUAUGGAUAUAGUCCCGGUUGCAGAGGACGAAGGGGAACGGCAGUCGAUCUGA